AUGCGACGCGCGCUCGGCGCGCGACGGACGACGCGUCCGGGCGCGCGUCGUCUCGACGUGUCUCGACGCCGGGCGUCGACGCGUCGAGCGCUCGGCGACCCGGCGUCCCUUCGGGAGCUCUACUCGGGCAUCGGCGCGACACGACUCGCUCUGGAGCAUCUCGUGGACCUUCAAGACGUCGUUGCGAUCGAUAACUCCGACGCGGCGAACGCGGUAUACGAGGCGAACUUUGGAGAUGUGCCUCGGCGGGCGAACAUCGAGCACUUGGACGCGAACGCGCUGUUUCCGUCGAGCGAGCGGGACUACGCGCUCACCGCUUCGCCGCCGUGUCAACCGUACACCAGACGAGGGCUGGGAUUAGCGAGCGAGGACCCUCGAGCGAAGAGUUUUCACGCCGUCAUCGAUGCGAUUCCGAACCUGUCGAAUCCGCCGAGGUGGGUAUUCGUAGAAAACGUGCGCGGCUUCGAGAGCUCUGAUACGAGACGGGCGCUUCUGGACGCGCUCUCCGAGCGCGAUUACGACAUUCGCGAGUUUAUCGUCGACCCAACGGCGCUUGGGGUGCCCAAUACGAGAGAGCGGUACUACUUGAUCGCAACGAGGUCACCGGGCGGAUUCUCCGAACCCACUCCGACGUGGCUCCGCGGGCGGGCCAUCGACGCGGCAGGUCAAUUCGUCGGCGAGGCAUCCACUUCUCAAUCGACGACGUCGACGCUGGCGGACUAUAUUCGAACAGAGUGCGACAACGAGGACGAGCUCGUUUUGGGCUCAGAGAUGAUACGAAAGUAUUGGCGAGUGUUGGAUGUCGUGACGCCGACGAGCAAGCGGUGCUCGACGUUCACGUCGGGAUACGCCGACACCGUGUUCGGCGGAUCCGUUCUUCUGCGAUCGCGUGGUGUUCAACGUGGGCUUGAUGAGCUCCUAGAGCUCGACGCCGACUCUGGUGUGAGCAGAAUCAAUGAGCGCGAUGUUGAACAUUUCAUUGACAAUCUUAGAUGGUUCCACGUCGACGAGAUCAAGGCUCUUCACGGCGUUCGAGACGAUUUCACCUUCAACGCAUGUUCGAGGAAGAAGGCGAUAUUUCUUUUAGGCAACUCCAUCUCCGUGCACGUGGUGCGCGAAGUUCUUCUUCAUUUGUUCUCAGCCGGCUAG